AUGUAUCAUCCGCUAAUACCAUCAUUUCCAGCUAAAUUGAUUAUGGUAUUGCGAAGUUUAAUCGCUAUUGGUUGUUGUGCCGCAUUUACAUUGACUCCUCGAACAUCAAAAUCAUUAUAUGGUGAACUAUUAAUUGGUGUUACUAUUAUUUCAUCAUUACAGUUUACAAUUGGUGCUACAAUUCAAUCGGCAACACGUUUAUUUAUUGCUGGCGCUUUAGCAACCGUCUACUGUCUAUUUAUAAUUAAUGUUUUGCCACGGACUACGUUUAAUGCUGUUGGAGCUACAACUCUUUUAGUAUUGUUAAUUGUUUAUACCGAUUUACCAAUUCAAAUUCGUCGUUUUACUAUUGUAGCAACUUGUAUUGUUCUCCUACAAUGGUAUAAUCCGAAAAAGCCUAUUAAUAAUUCAUUUGUAUUACAAAUAUGGGCAUCAUUAUCAAUUGGAUGCGGUAUGGCUAUUUGUACGUCAUUAAUACCUCUUCCUGUGCCGGCAACAGCAAAUCGUGAAUUAAGUACACGUUUACUAUAUGUAGCCAAACAGAUUCGACACGAAUUAACCACUAUAUUAUUAUCGAUUAAUCAUAUUAAUACUUCAUCGUCUGACAGUAGUUUCAGUUCAAUGUACAGUUCUGUUGAAAAUAUUCCUUUGUUAAAAGUUGAUAUUAAUGAUUUACAUACGAUUGUUAAAGAUGAAUUACCACAUAUGCAACGUACGUUAACAGAAUUAAAAUGGGAACCUUAUUAUAUAUUAUCGUCGAUCUGUUCAAUAUUAUUCUGCAAAUGUAGAAAACAGCAACAAAUUUCAUUAGAAUUACGUAUGAAAACAUGGGUCAGUGGUUUUGUUUCAUUACAUCGAACAAUAUCGGGCAUGUUAGCACUUGACUAUUUAGAUCAUCAUCAUUAUACAUUUCCACCUAGUUUAAUAGAAUCAAUUUCUACACUAAUAGAUACUACGUUCAAUUUUCUCGAUGCCACUUUACCAUAUACAGCAACAAUUAAUUAUUUCAAAAACACUUGUGAUGAACGACGUAUUAAAGAGUGUCGAGCUGAGCUUGAUCAAGCAUUGGAACGCUUUUGUCAAAAUUACGAUAAGCAACUACGUUUAAUCUCUCAAGAUAAUCCAUCUGAUAGUUCCUUGAUUCAAAUGAACACAUUUCUAUUGUUAAUCUUGCGAUUAGUUUAUGUUAUUAUUUCAUCAGCUGAAUUAACGAACACUCCAGGUGCUAAAGUUUUGAUUGAUGAUAAAAGUGAUGAUGUUAAAAAAGAAAAAUGCUGUACGAUCGUGAAUAUUAAAAAACAAUUUGAAAAUAUAAUUAAUUAUAUUGGUUUAAAACCAUCGACUGGAAAAAUGCUUCGUGCGGUAAAGACAAGCUUUGCUGUACUCUGCACUGCUGUUAUAACCAUUGCGUUAAGGAACCGUCUUAACGCAUAUGGUUGGGUACAUUGGGCCCCAAUGACAACAGCUCUCAUAGCGGAAACGAGCGAGGGUGGAGCUCUCAGAACAUCAUACCAUCGUUUGAUGGGCGUCCUACUCGGUUCAACAUAUGCGUAUAUCAUUGUGAUUGUUACGCAAGAUCUCAUUGCAAUCGGAAUUUUAAUCAGUUUGUUCGUUGGUUUAAUGUUUUAUGUUCGAUGUGAAGCGGACAAGGCAUAUUUUGCAAAUGUAUGCGCACAAUCGGCCAGCGUUAUUACAUUUAUUUCAUCUAAUAACGGUGGUCCACAGAGUCAAAAAGCCCCAUUAGCACGUACAAGUUUAACAUUUAUUGGCAUAUUUAUUUAUAUAUUAGUAUCGAAUUUGGUUCUACCAAGGACAGCUCGAUCACUAACAAAAAAACGCUUAGCAAAGAUGAUUAAAACUGUAUGUGAUGCAUUAAAAUUUACUACUGAUGAAUUUUGUGCAUUUGUAGAAAACGCGGCAAGUAAUGAACAAGAACAAAAAUUUGAUAUUAUGCUGUCAUUAACGACAACAGAAAAACAACUUGAAACUUUUCCAUCAUUAUUGCGUGAAGCUAAUAAUGAACCGGAUCUAUGGCGAAUUUCCUUCAAUCAAUUAAGUGGACACUACGCUGAAAUUGGCAGAUCAUUACAAAUUGUGGUGAGUUGUAUUAGAUACAUACAUCGAUGUACAACAAUUCUGAAAGCCGAAUCGAACUUGAUCAAGGUAAAACAACGACGAAUGUCACUACAGCAGAUACAAAAUAAACAUAUUCAAGCGGUUGGUUUAGAUAUCCCGUUGACAAUAUUUGGUUCAUCAGCGGAGCAAACUGGGAUAACAGAUUUAGUUGUCUCGUAUAAGCCUGUAUUGGUGUACAUUCGACAACUUGACCAGAACGUUGAACUAGUACUACAAUUGGCUCAUCGGUCAUUGAAACAUCAUACAGCAUCGCUUCAAUUCAAUCAGGAUACAAAAGAACCAGCAGAAAUAGAACCAUUAGAAUCGGAUAAAAUUAAUCAUCAUUUCAAACGAUUCGCAUCCAAAUUGCCCGAUGCUCCUAAAAAUUUAUUUACGUAA